AUUUAUGUAUAAAUAUAUUGAUCAUCCUUUUUUAGUACAGAACCCACCGAAGUUCCAAACCCAACAAAGAAGAAGGCGGCGGAGAAGCAAACAACAACAACAACAGAAAAAUGCAGCCAGAGGUUUCCGAUCACAUAUUCUAUUCUUUCCUCACCGGAGGUUUCUGUGACUCGUCGAGCACCACCACCACAACGUCGUCGUUUUACCCUUUUGCCAUCGAAGACACCAUUUCUCAAGACAAGUCUCUUGCUGCUCUGAGAAACCAUAAAGAAGCUGAGCGAAAGAGAAGAGAAAGAAUCAAUUCCCAUCUCAACAAGCUCCGUAGCUUACUCUCUUGUAACUCCAAGACAGACAAAGCCACGGUGCUAGCCAAAGUGGUUCAACGAGUCAAAGAACUAAAACAACAAACCCUAGAAAUCUCCAACGAAACCUUACCCUCGGAGACAGACGAAAUCAGUGUGCUUAACUUUGAAGAUUGUUCCAAAGACGACGGUCGGAUAAUCUUCAAGGUAUCGUUUUGCUGCGAGGACAGGCCCGAUCUCUUGCAAGAUUUAGUGAAGAUACUCAAAUCUCUUCAGAUGGAGACUGUCUAUGCCGAUAUAACGACAAUCGGUGGUCGGACAAGAAACGAUCUCGUUGUAGUAGCCGACACAGAGAAACAUGGUGUCGAGUCGGUGAAAUUUCUUCAGAACGCACUCAAGUCAUUACUCGAACGGUCAAGCCAGUCGGUGGUGAUGAGACGUGGUGGUGGUGGGGGAGAAAUGACAAAACGACGUCGUGCGCCGGAUCACAUCAUAAUGGUGUGAUUUUGAUGAGACUUGAGCACUAUAUAUAUUAUAGUUAUUUAAAAAUAAAUAUUAUAUGGUUAACGUGGUUAUAGUUAAGGGUAACAGAUCCCUUUUAUGUUUCUUUUUUCAAACAAACAAAAACUUUAUAUGGUUUUAUUAUAAGUUUGUGUUAUGAGUACAAAACACUUGUUGUAAGUAGGGUUGGUGUGUUCGUUACUCGUUUCUCUAAAAAAAUUAAGAAAAGGAGUAUAAUUUUAAUUUCAGUUUUCAGGUGUAAAAUAAUUA